GAUUGCUACGCGUCGAAGUGCCGGCAAAAUGCGGAGAUCCGUCGGUGUUGGCUUUUACGAGAAGCACGUGAACCUCGAAAAUGACGGUUCAUUUCUAAACCUGUUCAGUUUUUUCGGUUUCAUCACCUGCUUAUUUUUUGGCUUUAUAACGUGCGUGAUAUUCGAUAUCAGCCUUAUCUGCCUCAUCGUCUCAAGUUUCAUUCUUUGUCUGUAUUUCUUUUUCGGAUGCUUCCUAAUUCAGCCGAGCAUCCCGUCGUACCGCAGUUUUGGUCGUCGUCCGGCUCCAGCAUGGUAGUGCUCCUGACUUUGGUGAUCAUUCUCAUCGUUCCUUCAGCUCUCAUCCUUGGUGUUUACGUGAUUUACCGCUGGAGCGCUGCCCGUAGAGCAUCCCAAUGGCGGCGAUGUAACAUCCCCUUCUCACCACCAACCUUUCCGUUAGGACAUGACGCCUUUUCUUGUCUCACCUCAGCGUCGCCGUUAGUGGCCUUCGACCGCAUCUACCGCGAGAACGCUGACGAAGAUCUGGUCGGAUUCUUUGCGACCUCCUGUCCUUUCAUACUCAUUCGAGACCCUCGUCUUAUUCAAAGAGUUUUUGCGAAGAGUUUUGACAAGGCAUUUCAAACAGGAAUUGUUCCUCCUGAAAACGAUAUCGAGACACAAUUCACUAUUAACUUCUGUUCAGAUAGGACGGCGUGGAGACAAAGUCGGAGCAUCAUGGCACCUGUUUUCUCUGCCACAAGAUUGAAUGAUUUGACCUUUGGAAAACUCAAAACGCAAGUAAAUAGAAUGUGGAGGCACAUAGAGGAAACUAGACUUGUAGGGCAACCAACAAAGGCUCAAUUCAUUGCACGGAAUUUUGUAGUGGAUUUUUUAUCAACGUGGCACUUUGGAGAGGAUAGUAAUUCAUACCGAGAAACUGCACAGAUUGAGCAAAUUUGCGAAACCUAUUACGAACCAAGAAUUCGCAGGCUUCUAGCAUUUUGGGCGCAAGUGCAUUUUCCGUCUCUUCAGAUUUUUGAAAGUUUUCGUUUCACGUCGCAAAAAAGCAAACAUGCAAUGGGAAAGUUUUUGCGGCGCAAAAUGGAUCAUCGAAUGGCACAUGGCAACUGUGGCGAUUUUGUUGAUUUGAUGAAGCGCAUGCAAAGUAAAACAUGUUGGAAUGCUCAGAGUACCUCCACCUUAGAUCUUGAAGAUGAAGGGCUGAAUAUGCGGCAAAUGAUAGGGCUCAGUUUUGUCUUGCUCGUAGCGGGGACGGAUGCAGUAGCCUCUGUGUGCCACCUCACCCUCCACCUCCUGUCGUUGUACCCCGAACACCAAAAGAAGGUCCAGCAGGAGAUCGACCAAGGCAUGGCGAAGCAUGGUGUCUCAGAAUUGACACUAUCUGUCAUACAGGAUCUUCAAUUUUUGGAGCAAUGUCUCAUGGAGACUCUCCGCCUGUAUCCAAGUUUGUUUGCUAUUGUGAGAACGUGUACUGAAGAUUUUCACAUUUCAGGGACGCGCUAUAAGUUUAGAAAAGGUGACAAGCUGAUGAUUAUCCCGUAUUCAAUAAACCGUGAUCCAAAGUACUUCGAAAAUCCGGAUGAUUUUGAGCCAGAUCGGUUCAGUCCUGAGAAUAGAGGAUCCAUGCCACCAGAGACAUUCCUAACUUUUGGGAUAGGACCACGUAAAUGUCCAGGUUACAGAAUUGGUCUGCACAUCGCAGCUACGUUCGUGGCAUCGCUACUCUGUAAAUACACUUUGAAGCCUUGCUCACACCUGCGCCAGCUAGAAGCUGCGGAUUUUGAUCCUCUUUGGUUCUCUCUACAAUACGCAAAAAACAGCAUCCUCAUCGACUUCGUGCCUCGUGUGGUUAAUCCAAUGACCACAGAACACUAACAUUCCCGAUCAUUACAUUUGUGACGUUUUACUUUUUCUAUCAUUGAGCCAUAAUUGAAUUGAAUUGAAUUUAUUCUCGAUUUAGUAUACAACAGGUAACAACGGACAAAUAAGUAACCAAAAAAAACAAAACAAAAAAUAAAACACCUACUAAUGACACAUGCCCAUUUUGUCACGUCGGCUGGAGUCUCUUUGUUGGAUGUCAUUAUAUUUUGUUUCAUUUUCCCCUUUU